UCCAUUUUCCGUCAGAUGCCCACUAUCGAGGUCAUCAAUCUCAGUGUGAACAGCAUCACCACGCUGGAAGACUUCGCUCACUGUCCCAACCUGGUGGAGCUCUACAUCCGUAAGAAUUGCAUCGGGGACCUGUCAGAGAUCUGGUACCUGAGGAAUCUGAGGAAGCUCAGGGUGUUAUGGCUGGCCGACAACCCGUGUGCGGCCGGAGACAACUACAGACUCUCCGUCUUGAGGAUGCUACCAAACUUACAGAAACUUGACAAUAGUAUGGUGACAAAUGAUGAGGUCAACAGAGCGAUGGAGCACGGGGAUGACUUGCCGCCUCCCAUCGCCUCGCUAAGAUGGCAGGCCAACGGACACAUCGCCAAGGAUAAGGACAUGAGGGACAGCUCGGUGGAGAUCAGCCUAGAUGAAACAAAUGUUUAUGUUCCUUUUUGCAGCAAAAUACGAGAGGAGCUCGGUUUGAAACCUCUGCCAGUUGACAAACUCUCGCCAGCUAAACACAGAAGUACAAGUAAAGGAAGAAAUGCCAACAUCCUGACCGCGGUGUUAACACUCAUCAAGGAGCUUGAUCACGACACCCUAGAGGUAGUAGCCAACGCAUGCAAGGAUCGCCUUGAGUCAUUAUGAUCUACCGACCCCAGUCCCCCUCCCACCCCCUCCGUGUACAGCUCUACCAACCCCCCUAUGAGAACCCCCUCGAGACCCCCCUCAAGGAAGGAGCACCCCAGACACGCAGGAGACAACGGGAUCGCCUUGACGUCCAUAUAUAGAAAACUCCUUUGCGCUGAGAUAACGCAACCUCCGGUGGCGCUCGAAGCGGCAUGCAAUUACAACCGACAAUCAAUACACAACGUGAUGCUAGGGCCGUGUUCUUCGAAUUCCGCGAUAUAUUUUUUCUCUCGGUACGUCGUGUGUUGUAUUCGCCUUGAGUCAACUGGGAGUUUGUGCAUAAAGAAAGAGAAGACCAAUCUGAAGCUUUGGACGUGUACUCUAUCGGAUGUGUGCAUAUAAAUUGAAAUAAAUAACCCGUGUCCCUGUCGGUAGAUUGAAGGGGCCCCGAGUGCACCAACUCUGGACGGAGAAACCACCAAAUUUACCCCCCUCCACAUUUCCCAUAUAAGUGGAGUUCAAGUUGAUUGUUUUUUUCUUCUGCCGUUUACUGAUUCUGCCAUGGGGAAGUGGGGAUUCGUUGCCGGGGUUUAAGCAGUAAAAGCCUGUGCUAUUCUCAGAUCAUUCACGACUAAGUGGAAAAAAAAUACACUUGAAUUAAUUCCAUUAAUCUAUCUGAUGUUGUUUUUCAGAAUGUUUAUGGUCAAUGGUGGUUAAUUCUAUCCAGAGAUGUACAGUAUUUAAGUUUAGUUGUAAACUAUUUUGAAUAUUUCAUGCUGUUUUCCCCACUUCAUUUGUAUAAUUUAAAAUACCAUUUGUCUUCAGUACCAUCCAUGGUUCAAGUUUUCCUUAAUCCCCUAAACUGUUUUGAAAUGCCCUCAACUGUUUUGAAAUGCUAUGUUACCGUUCUUUCAGCUAACAUUUUCUCAUUUUCAUAAAUUUUUUAAUAAAAUGGCACCCAUAAUCCUAGCAUUUUUAAAAACUUAGUACAUGACAAAAAUAAUUAAAGGAAUAGUAAAUUGAUUUGAUUGAACAUUCUUGCCCCUGUUUGUUUGUAGCUUGCAGACUUUUAGUUUAGAAAGUACGUUAAGGAAGUUAAACAACUUUGUAAAGCAUAAAACGUCUCCCAAUAUGACGUUACUUAAAUCCCCAUGACUAUGCAAAGAUAAUUUCACCAUCAAUAUGAAAUUCAACCCUCUCCCAAAUGAAUAUAUUUGUUACAAAAAGGCUGUCAAAAUCUUUGUAAAGAAAGGAAACAAAGUUUUGAAUUGUGUAGAGGUGUAUUUAGAAAGAGAUAUGUCGGUGUAAAGGGCCAUUUGAAUUUAACAAAUUACGAUAUAGCAGAAUUUACAAAUGAAUUUCGACCUCUUAAAUCAUUGAGACAUUGGGAGUAAGAUAGAGAAAUUUGCUUAUUAAUUAAUAAUCAGUAAAAUUGCAUUCCCAGAGUGAAAGAAAAACAUGUCCUUUUAAGACUCUUGUUCUGAGAUUAAGAAAAGAAAAGAAGACUUUACGCAAAGUUUAAAUAAGACUAAUGUCUUUGAAAUAACUCUUUUUAGAGUUUAUAAUGAAGCUGAAACUUCUACGAGUAUAUUGUAUUACAACUAUUGUAAUUCACAGUGUGUUUUAUAGGGAUAUAAAUCAUGGCCAAAAACUUGAUCUACAAAAGGUAUGAAAACUCUUUUAAACUACACAACACACUUCCUCACUUUAAUAUUUGCACACAAAUGUUGAAGUUGCUUUUGUAUAUUAGGAUUGUAAAAAUCAUUGAUUAACUCUUUCGAAAAAACUUGUGAAAAAUUAAGAACUGAAGUUGAAACAAAGUUUCAUUGAUAACACUGACAGAGUGCACUCUUUUUGUGCAAGUGAAGUCGGUUUAAAAGCUUUUAGAUGUUUUUGUAUGCAAAAUCAGUUUGGUCAUACGAAUACUUGUUUUUUCCAUCACAACUGGGUGUAACGGUUACUUAAAAGUUUCUUUUCCGUCAAGGCCACUUAAUAACUCUGUAAAUACACCUUGAUGUAAAUACGUUUAAUAUCAAAUUGUUGAAAGGUGACACUGUAUAAAAUACUGUUUCUGUAUCCAGUAUGAGAUAUUUCUACUGUGAAGGUUGUGUAAGGUAUUGUAAUAUUUGGUAUUGUUGAGUUCAAAUAAAAUAAAAUAAAAUAAAAUAAUAAUAAUUAUAAUGUUGAUAUCCUUCAGUGUAAUUAAUAGUUAAAGAAUAUUUUUUGACAAACAAUUUGGAGCUUAUUGAGAUUGGAUAUUUAAAUUUGCAGUAGAAUUUAGCUCUACAACAUUUAAAAUAAUGUCUUUGCGCAAUUGUAAGGCUCGCAAGGUUCUGUCUUGUUUGAAAGAUUUCAGUUUGGUUGUUCUUUUUUUCUUUGAAAAACGCCUCGAGGAGAGUCAAACUUAACGGAAGUUUUUGACUAGCGUGAAGAUCCAGAUUUGUCCAAAAUACCAUAAUUCUUGCUUUUUCCCGAUAGCCCGAGGAUGUACACACAGUAUUUAUCCUCGGCUUCCAAUUUAGGUCAUGUCAGUCAUGCCAUAAAGAACUGCCACCAACAAUACCCCCCCCCCAAACAGGUCUUGGCAGCGAGCCUGAUCUGUAACACAAUCCAGUUUACACAGGGCUAGCAAUCGCCUCCGAGAGGUUUCCCAACCCCCCUCUUUUCCACAAAUCCCGCGGGGAAGUUUUUCCCUCAGAUGCUGCGUGGCGUUUACUUUUUUUGGGCGAGAGGAGGCACAUUGAAGAGUGCAACGCCACUCAGGCUUAAGCGUAACCCGAGUUCCUGACACGUGUUUGAGUUGGAAUCAACACUCUCUGGUACGAUCGUUGGUUUUCAUUAUUGGUCUGUGUUUUCGGAGAGGGCAGCUGUGGGGGACAAAGUCGGUCCAUCGAGGGGGAAAUUGAUUACGGAAAUUCAGAAGUGCGCUGAGGUCUCCUGGCGAUGUUUGCUUUACUUUGCUUUUCUUUUCCCCGUUUCCACAACUCUCAGUGCAUCUGGGGGUUUCUGUGAAGCACAAAGCCCAAAUAUUUCUGUAGGGAAUUUUUUCAGAAUAAUAGCCGAAGGAAAUGUGGUUAGCUGAGACCUGUUAGUGUCCACAAAGCAGCCAUUUUGACAAAAAAAAUACUCAUUUAUAAACUGUUUUGAUUCACAAAAGAGGGAUGGUAAAUACAUGCAACUGGUUAUUUGGUUACGCUGACUUGUGGGGAAGAUCAGAAAGACCUAACAAUAGAUACAUUUUAUGUCCAUCACCUGCUUUCAAUGGCUGGACGUUUUCUUUUUCUUUUUCAGUGGUCUCUUAUUGAAACACCACAAAAUGAUUGAUAGACAUGUGUCGGCUGUGACUACACAUUGAUUUGUAAUGGACAUAUGUUGACAAUAACUCAUGAGUCACUAGAAAAAAGUCUGUGGUCUUCUGUUAACAAAUGAGUUUAUUAUUAUUAUUAUUAUUAAGUAAUGACUACCAGCUUCCUAUUACUCACAAGUUGUGUCUUUCAUAAAUCUUUCACUCUGUCGAACGUCGCAGUAGAACAAAUAUCGUAUUUGAUCUGUAAAGUGGCAUUUGUUUUUAUCAAGUAAGUGUUUCCAGUGGUAAAUAAAAAGCAAAAAAUAGGCAAUGGCGUGAGGUUUCAACCCUAGAAGAGUCUUUCUCGAAAGCUAGAAUAAAAAGGUAAACAAAAAGGUGGAUUUUAAUUUCCUGUUCAAUCUAAAAUCUUAAAAAGUCUCUUUAAUAUUUUCGCAUAUUAGAACAAUUGCUUUUUUGCUAAGGUUUGCUUUUUUUCCUAAAAAAAAAAAAAAAAAAAAAUUAAGUCAUGACGCUAGCAAACAACGAUUUUAAGGAGGACCUUGUUUAUCCCCUCUAAUCUUGAGAAGAUUUAGAAAGAAGAAAGUAAUGAGUUUUAAAGACCUCAUUAUUCAUCUUCUUACCUUAGGAGGUCAGGCUUGUGAAUUACAAUUUCGCAACCUACUUUAGUUCAUGUGGGUGAAGGGGGGGGGGGGUGGCACAUCUACAUCAAACUAAUAUGAGAUUUAGAGCCGUGACCACAGGCUGUCACAAUAAUAUCAAUAACAUCAAUGUUGCACAAUGUCAUUUACAAGCAGCCAGUUCCAGAAAAUAUGAAAA